AAAUCAACAGAACACAUUGAAACCUUGUCUAGUGCACAAUUAGGUUCAGAAAUACAUUACUAAAUUUUCAACAUGAAGACCUUUGUUUGCGUCGUCGUUCUUGCCAUCGUUGGACAUGCAUCCGCUCUGCCAGUUGGGCUCAGCCCCAUAACCACUUCGGGUACCAUAGUUCGAUCGGACUUGGGACUUCCAUCGCUGAUUCGAUCGGAUCUGGGAAUCUCUUCUGGUCUGCCAUUGGCCACCAUCCCGGCAUCAACCAUCAAUCUGUCUUCUGGACUACCAGCGGCCGUUUCGAUUCAAUCUGCUGCUGCUUCUCCCAUUGCCCUUUCUGGACUGUCUCCAAUCACUCUGAGCGCUCAAGCCCCGACCCUUAAUUUGGCUUCGGGACUUCCAGCUGCCGUUUCUCUCCGAUCUGCUGCUGCUCCCAUUGCUCUCUCUGGACUGUCUCCCAUCACUCUGGGUGCUCAAGCACCAAUUGGAUCUAUUCUGCCGCUGAAUGGAAGUCCAAUCAUCUCCACCAACAGUGGCAUCCUCCGUUCGGUCCCACUCACUGGCCCCAUCAUUUCGCAGGGAUCAAUCAACCAGAUUUGGUAAAAUAUUUUUUACAAUAAGAAAGUAACUGGAAUGUCCUGUAUAUAAUCGUAAUGAUCAAUAAAACAAUAA